CACCGCGCCUCACGCCGCGCACCGCGCCGGCCGGACUGACGGACGCACGGACGGACGGACGGACCCGCUCGUGCGACUGCUGCCGCGGCGGCGGCGCCCGCGCGAGUCGCGGUCAGGGGGCGGCGGCGGCGGCGGCGGAGCCCGGCGGGGAGCAAUGGCGGCCGACAGCCGGGAGGAGAAAGAUGGAGAACUUAAUGUUCUAGAUGAUAUUUUGACUGAAGUACCAGAACAGGAUGAUGAACUAUAUAAUCCAGAGAGUGAACAAGAUAAAAGUGAAAAAAAGGGAUCAAAGAGAAAAAGUGACCGAAUGGAAUCUACUGACACCAAGCGACAAAAGCCUUCUGUCCAUUCAAGACAAUUGAUUUCUAAGCCACUAAGUUCAUCUGUCAGCAAUAACAAACGAAUAGUUAGUACAAAAGGAAAGUCAGUCACAGAAUAUAAAAAUGACGAAUAUCAAAGAUCUGAAAGAAACAAGCGUCUAGAUGCUGAUCGGAAAAUUCGUCUUUCAAGCAGUGCCUCUAGAGAACCUUUUAAGAGUCAGCCUGAAAAAGCUUGUCUACGGAAAAGGGAUCCUGAAAGAAGAGCUAAAUCUCCUACACCAGAUGGCUCUGAGAGAAUUGGGCUUGAAGUUGAUAGACGUCCAAGCAGAUCCAGUCAGUCUUCAAAGGAAGAAGUGAACUCUGAAGAAUAUGGUUCUGACCAUGAGACUGGCAGCAGUGGUUCUUCUGAUGAACAAGGUAAUAACACUGAGAAUGAGGAAGGAGUAGAGGAAGAUGUGGAAGAAGAUGAAGAGGUAGAUGAAGAUGCAGAGGAAGAUGAGGAGGUCGAUGAAGAUGGAGAGGAGGAGGAGGAAGAAGAGGAAGAAGAGGAGGAAGAAGAUGAAGAAGAGGAGGAAGAAGAAUAUGAACAGGAUGAGAGAGACCAGAAGGAGGAAGGAAAUGAUUAUGACACUAGAAGCGAGGCCAGUGACUCUGGUUCUGAAUCUGUUUCCUUCACAGAUGGAUCUGUCAGAUCUGGUUCAGGCACAGAUGGAUCAGAUGAGAAAAAGAAAGAAAGGAAGAGAGCUCGAGGCAUAUCACCAAUUGUUUUUGAUAGAAGUGGAAGCUCUGCUUCAGAGUCAUAUGCAGGUUCAGAAAAGAAGCAUGAGAAAUUAUCAUCUUCCGUUCGUGCUGUCCGAAAAGAUCAAACCAGCAAACUCAAAUAUGUUCUUCAGGAUGCAAGAUUUUUCCUCAUAAAGAGUAACAACCAUGAGAAUGUGUCUCUUGCCAAAGCGAAGGGUGUAUGGUCCACACUGCCUGUCAAUGAGAAAAAACUAAAUCUUGCAUUCAGAUCUGCAAGGAGUGUUAUCUUAAUAUUUUCUGUUAGAGAAAGUGGAAAGUUUCAAGGGUUUGCAAGACUUUCUUCAGAAUCACAUCAUGGAGGAUCUCCUAUACACUGGGUGCUUCCAGCAGGAAUGAGUGCUAAAAUGCUGGGAGGUGUCUUUAAAAUUGACUGGAUAUGCAGGCGUGAAUUACCCUUCACUAAGUCAGCUCAUCUCACCAAUCCUUGGAAUGAACACAAGCCAGUAAAGAUUGGACGUGAUGGACAGGAAAUUGAACUUGAAUGUGGAACUCAGCUCUGUCUCCUAUUUCCCCCCGAUGAAAGUAUUGACUUGUAUCAGGUCAUUCAUAAAAUGCGCCACAAGCGAAGAAUGCAUUCUCAGCCCAGAUCAAGAGGACGUCCAUCCCGUCGAGAACCAGUCCGGGAUGUGGGAAGGCGUCGACCAGAAGAUUAUGAUAUUCAUAACAGCAGAAAGAAACCAAGGAUUGACUAUCCCCCUGAGUUUCACCAGAGACCAGGGUAUUUAAAGGAUCCACGGUACCAGGAAGUAGACAGUUUCACAAAUCUUAUUCCCAACAGACGAUUUUCAGGAGUUCGCCGAGAUGUUUUUUUAAAUGGGUCCUACAAUGAUUAUGUGAGGGAAUUUCAUAACAUGGGACCACCGCCACCUUGGCAAGGAAUGCCUCCAUAUCCAGGGAUGGAACAGCCUCCCCACCAUCCCUACUAUCAGCACCACGCUCCUCCUCCUCAAGCUCACCCUCCUUACUCAGGACACCAUCCAGUACCGCAUGAAGCACGAUACAGAGACAAACGAGUACAUGAUUAUGAUAUGAGGGUGGAUGAUUUCCUUCGCCGCACUCAAGCUGUUGUUAGUGGUCGGAGAAGUAGACCUCGUGAAAGAGAUCGUGAGCGAGAGCGAGACCGUCCCAGAGACAAUAGAAGAGACAGAGAACGAGAUAGAGGUCGUGAUCGAGAAAGGGAGAGAGAGCGAUUAUGUGAUCGGGACAGAGACCGAGGGGAGAGAGGUCGUUAUCGAAGAUAAUGUGCUUUUGGGGAGCACUGAUUGAAGAUAAAAAAAAAUCUUGUAUUUUUUUUGUGUGUGUUUACAAGUAGUAAAUUUAUUUUCAGCUGUCCACUUAAAGUUCUUUGUGUAGAAGGAUUUAUUACCACCCUCUUUGUUCCAAGCAUGCAGUUUAAGAACUGGAAAACUCAAAUCCACCAAAAUACACAGUUGACACUUUCAUUGGGACAAAGUGGAACAGUCCAAGAAUGUAGUUAUUACAUUCUCCAUAAAUGUUCAUCUUGCAGUAUGUUCAUCCUACAGUUAUUUUGUUGUUACUUGUUUUCUUUCUUUUGGAUCUGGAUCAGUAACUGCCGUGGUAUUUUGCUUUGAUGUGUUUCUACAUGUAGUUGCACACGGUUCAGUAAAAUAAUGCUGCUAUCAAGUACAGAAAUACUGAAGUAUGAUGGUUUGACUGUAUGGCAGUGUUGUAGCAGCCUCUUGGUUUCUCCUUUCCCUGACCCCCCCCCUUUUUUUUUUUUAAAGAAAACUUAUAAAGUCACUUUUUUAUUUUUUAGUCUUCAAUGAUGAGAGCAAUAUUAAGAAGACAUUGCUAUCUAAUUUUUAAUCUUUUUAAAUAAAUUCCUAUGUUUGGUAGCAUGGUUGAUGCUGUUUAGCCUUCCUCUGUAAACUGUAUACAUUGGCUUGGAAUGCGUGUGGCAGCAGAAGAUGAUUCCCAUAGCCCACAUUGCUACUGUUUUGUAUAAAAUAAAUUGGUAAAGAUUGA